CAGAGCGCUGGGAAGACCGACUCCAAUCACCGCCGCUGUUCCUGGCUGAAUCUCCCUGGCUGACGUCAGCUGACUGCCUCGGCUCCCCGCUCCUCCGGACACAGACGGCGCCGUGUGAAAAUGCUGCUCUCUGCGCCGCCAAGGACAGGAUUCAACCCGUACAACGGCUACACCGGCAAGAACACCAAGAAGCAGACGUAUGUGUCCCCCUCCAACCAUCAGAUGGCUCCUCCAAGCCCCAACAACAACAGUAGCAACUCCACCACCACCUCCUUCAGCAAUGGAAGCAGCAGCAGCAGUGGGGGAGAGCAGCUGAGCAAAACCAACCUGUACAUCCGUGGCCUCCACCCAGGAACCACAGACCAGGAUCUGGUCAAACUCUGUCAGCCGUAUGGGAAAAUUGUGUCCACCAAGGCCAUUCUGGACAAGACCACCAACAAGUGCAAAGGCUAUGGCUUUGUUGACUUUGACAGUCCGUCCUCAGCUCAGAAGGCAGUGACGGCGUUGAAGGCGGGUGGAGUGCAGGCUCAGAUGGCCAAGCAACAGGAGCAGGACCCCACCAACUUAUAUAUCUCCAAUCUGCCAAUGUCCAUGGACGAGCAGGAGCUGGAGAACAUGCUGAAGCCCUUCAGCCAAGCCAUUUCCACUCGCAUCCUGCGUGACGCCAACGGAACCAGCCGAGGCGUGGGCUUUGCCAGGAUGGAGUCAACCGAGAAAUGUGAAGCCAUCAUCCAACAUUUUAAUGGAAAAUAUAUCAAGACUCCACCUGGAGUUCCAGUGCCGCCAGAGCCCCUGUUGUGUAAAUUUGCUGAUGGAGGCCAGAAAAAGCGUCAGAGCCAAGGAAAAUAUCUGCAGAACGGCCGGCCCUGGACGAGAGAUGGAGAGAGCGGAGGAAUGACCCUGGCCUAUGACCCCACCGCAGCCUUACAGAAUGGGUUCUACUCCUCUCCCUACAGCAUUGGCCCAAACCGGAUGAUGGGGCCAACCUCCCUCUCCCCAUACAUGCAUUCACCUAUGUCCACAUACCAGGUACACAACCCGUCCUGGUUACAUCAUCAGUCAUACAUCAUGCCGCCCACAGGAGCAGUGCUGACACCAGGAAUGGACCACACCAUGUCCAUCCAGCCGACCUCCAUGAUGGGGCCCCUGACGCAGCAGCUCAGCCACCUCUCCAUGGGCAGCAGUGGCACAUACAUGCCUGCAAACGCAUCUAUGCAGGGGGCAUACAUCCCCCAGUACACCCAAGUGCCUGCCACCAACAUCUCAGUUGAGGAAAGUGCCGUCCAACCACCGGUUGCCAUUGAGGCACCCACAGAACACACAACCUACACUUACCAGCAUAACAAGUGAAGAGAUCUUCCUCUGGAGCCGGAGUGACUCUCAAAGUGCUGAAACUCGGCACAGCGACUGCUCGUACGGCACCAGACACUCGGGAGGAACACGGACUGUUACACGGAAAGGACAAACAAAAAAGAGAUUUUCUACAAACUCAUAUUUUAAAAUCCUCCAACAACCAAGGCUGGAGGAUGGCAGGCAAUGAGAAAUGGAACAACAGAACAAGGAGCAUCUAUUUUGAUAACAGUCAAGAGAAAUAAGUCACACACAGACAUAUGUUUUAAACAUUAUUCAUAUUGUUUUCUAAUACUAUUCCGGAGAGAUGGAAUGAAACCAGAAAAAAAUAUUUCAACACCAUGUUUUAUUUCAGCUUUUUGUAAAAGAUUUUGCUUCUUUUUUUUUUGUCUGAUACUUUCAGGCUUUGAACCUGCCUUUUUGUACAUACUUUUGAGUUUUUGUGGGUUUCUAACUUCACGUGUCCUAGUUUGAUGGAUUGGUGCAAAUAUUUGAAUACAGGACUCAAAAGGCUAAAAGAAAAACAAAAAACUGAAGUCAUUCAAAAAAGAUGACGACUCAUAUUUUAGAUGGAUAUAUAGUGCCACUCGGAUUAGCGUCUCUCGACGUGGCAGCAAAUGUAUCGCGUAUGAAACCGACCUGAAGCGGCUUCUUUUUAGCACUUGACUCUCAAAUAAUUUAUAGUUCCAACAAUCUUGACAAAGCUUGAGACAAUCAGAAGACAACAAAGAAGAGAACAUUUCGAGAUGGUUAAGAGAAGACUUCGUUAAAAGAGCUAAAUAGAUUUGAAGCAUUCCAGAGAUUAUUAUCAGAAAGUUCUAAAUAUUUGUUCACGUUGAGCUGCUCCACUUGAUGAAAUCCAAAGUUGCUUAACAGGGAUCACAUCUCACACAGAGCUGCCUGUAAAUAAGAGAUAUAAAUGUAUUUAGGCUUUCUUUUGAUUUUCUUUCAUCCGUGUAGCAAUGCUUCAGUUAUUUAAAAAACAAAAUUAUACCAAAUUGUCUGAACAUAGCAAUGCCUGUAUUGCUGUAUUUUCUGGUUUUCCCUCAUUCACAACAGGUGAAGCUGAAUCUCCACAGCAUUCCAAAAUUAAUUUUCUGAAGCAAGAAUUAGAUGUUAAGAGUAUGAAUGAAGUUGUUAUUACAUAGACAUUGAGAUCAACCGGUAAAGCGUGGCUCUGUCCUGUUAUAUCUCCAGAAAACAUGAUCACGGUUUAUUAUGGCCAGUACACGAAUGCUUUAAUACUUAGCAGUGUUGUGUGUGUGCAUCGACUUCUCUAUUUCAGUUUUUCACCCUCAUGUUUUUUUACAUUUCGUAUUUAAAAGGUUUUAUUACGUUUUUGUUUUCUUUGAUUCAGUUUGAAUACUUUUAAAAAUUGAUCCUAUUUUUCAAAGAUGUUUUGUUUUUAUUUUUGAUAGUGUGUCGUCCGCCUCAAUUAGUGAGAAAUAGAUGUUUGCAACUGUUUUUGAAAAUCGUGAUUUGUUUGUAUGUUUGCCUAGUUCUCUAGUUCUGGUUUCAGUGUUGAUGUCAAAGAGGCUUUAAUGUUUGUUUUUGUUUUUGUUUUUUUACAGACGACUCAGUUCAGUCUGUGUCACAAAUGUUGGCGAUUUGUGAACAUGACUCGUGAUCAUGGAUUCAUUAUGUAUGCUAGGUUCAGGUGCAUUGCUACAGAGUUGUGCCCCAAGCAGUUGGGAACAACGUGGGAUAAAUGAUUUGUUGAAACCUUGACUUACCUCAUCCUGCCAGAGAAAUGUAGAUUCAGUUUGUGUCCGAGGUUCACAGGCAAUAACUAAUAACCAAUAACUUCAUAGAUCUCAUGGCCAUUCACAGCUGGUACUGUGUCCACAUUCUUCAACUCAUCCGUCCACUGCUCGAAAAACACGCCCAAGGUCUGACGAUCUAUGCAAUUAAUUUAUUAUCCUUAUAAAUGCAAUACUACAGAUAUCCAACAGACACCUCACAUGAUGACAAUGGAUCACCUCUCAAUAUGACUUUGCAUUCUGGCUUUAUCUUUUAUGAUUCAUACGAUGAGAUUUGUUUGUUUUUCUGACUGACACAUUCAUCUAUGGUUCGUGGAUUUUUUUUGUAAAAUUGAUGCAUUAAAAGGGAACUAUUUCAUACCAAACCAUAGUUGUUCAUAUGAAUUUGGCAUGUGUGCUUUAUGAGAAAGAAGGCGGGUGUGGCCACGCGACUCCCCAACCUUUAUGUUACAUGGACACCAGAGGUUUGUUUUAGAUGUUUCCAGCCACUUGGUUUGAAUGGUCUGGUCCUGGUUGUUAACUGGCUUUCUUGCUGAGUAAUUCACGCGGUUUUAUUUCCAGGACUAAAUUAAACUUCACGGAAAUGCCUUAGCUUUCACUGAAAGGUGAAGUGCUACUCAGAUUCGUUUGGCUUGUUUGUUUUUUUGAUCAUGCACUAUUGUUGAAGAAUUGUUGUCAUCUCAAACUCUGAAAAUAGAUAUAUAAAGCAAAGAAAUCUUUAUAUGACUAUCUUGUGUUCACUUGUUUAUCGCUGCUAAUGCUGGAUUGAGUAUUUAGAAAUCUUCCAGCUGAAGGUCCUUGAAUAUGUCAUGUCAGUUCUUUAAUUCAUGUGCAGUCCUGUUUGUGUUGUGCAUCAAACAACCUCCUUCAGUAGAUGUUUGUGCCAUCAUACAGGUCUUUGUCAUGUUCCUAGAAACAAAUCCCUACAGCUAUUAAACUUUCAACUUGG